AUGUGUACAAGUGGAUUUACCGGCCCUCGACGUAUUGUUCCAUACACACAAAACUUUUUCUACAAUACAAUUUAUCGAAUGCAAAAUAUUGUGACACGUCAUGAUAUUUUAUUGAAUAUUUUACCCUUAUGCCACUGGGGAGCAGUUUGGUCAUUAUUAUUUUGUCUUGUAUUUGGAUCAACAAAUAUAGCUGUAGAAUGGUCUUCUUCAAUGAACACAUUAAAAUUAAUUGAAAAGUUUAAGCUACGUUUAAUAUGGUCCCGUGGUAAAUCAAUUCCAACUGAACAAAUGAAAUUCAUGCGGUCAGUAUUCCAAUGUACUCAUCUAGUCAACUGUUAUGCGUGCGUUGAAUUUGGUGGUUGUGUGACUCAUUUUGAUCCCACUUACGAAUAUGAUAUGAACGUUAUGAAAAUAAAUUCGGUCGGACGUUUGAGGCGAGGAUGUGAAGCGAAGAUUGUAGAUAUCGAAACAAGAAAGCUGUUAGGGCCUAAUCAAGAUGGCGAACUAUUAGUGAAGACUAUAAAUAUGCCACGAAAAUAUUAUUCUCGAAAUAUUGAACCAGAUUAUACAGAAGACGGUUGGUAUGUAACCGGGGACUAUGCUAAGUUCGAUGAAGAGCAAUGCUUGUAUAUCAUAUCUCCACAUGACAUCGAAUAUAUAAUAACUCGAAUGCCAACUGUAAGGAGUUGUGGUGUUGUGGGCUUACCAGAUCCUGUUCUGGGUGAAGUACCAGUUGCAUUUGUUGUAAAGGAGCCAAAUGCUGUAGUCACUGAAAAAGAUAUAAUCAAAACCGUUGCUUUGGAGGGAAAAGAUUAUCAACGCUUACGAGGUGGUGUUCAUUUUAUUUCACAAUUACCUAGCUCAGUUGUGGGCGGAAUAUCAAGAAGAGAAUUAAGAAAAUUAUUACCAACGUUAAAACCAAACAACAGUUGCAAGUGUGGGUGGAUUUAG